AUGCUCAUGUCCAGCAAAGAUGAAGGCCUCUGUGAACCCAUCAGGAAUGAGUGCAUUUGCAACAUCGCCCUAGGCAAGUCACAUUACAUCUUCUAUGGGCUGGUGGCUGCCGUGCAGCCCCAGAUGCUGGUCACAUUCAAUGAAGAGCUUUGGCCAUUGCCAGUGAAUGUCCGCUUGGGCCAGGACGGCAAACCUAAGACCAUCACGGGAUUCCAGGCACACACAACCCCAGAGAUGUGGGCUUACUGA